ACAACAACAGAGCAGUAUACGUCUGAGUGUUUUUGUUGUGUGUUUAACUGGCGUCAUUUCCGAUACUGCUUGAUGACUAUAAAAUAGGAAUUCUGAUACACAUCUCCUUCUUUGACAAUUUUACCCAAGACCCGCACUGUUUUCCUGAUAUCAUGGAGGGAAAUAGUACAACCAACAGUGUGACAUACGGCAUAACCAGUGCACCAAACAACAGUAGUAUAACUAGUGUGGUGAGCAAUAGCACUGCUGGAAAAACAAUUACCUUUUUGCAGAAUGAAGCCAUUGUGGAGAAAGUAAACGAUUCUGUGUUCGAUAAAGUCUAUAUCCCAAGUUUUAUCUAUACAGUUGUUAUGCUUGUAAUAGGAUGUCUAGGAAAUGCCAUUGUCUUCUACAUUUACUUCACAAGAUGGAGAAAGACCACUUCGAGGGUUUUCAUCUUAGCACUUGCUGCAUUUGACUUGAUAAACAGUUGUCUCACUGCCCCAACAGAACUGUAUUUUAUGCUUGAAUGGUUUCAAACUACGAAUGGAGUUUUGUGCAAGUUUUCUAGAUUUUUGACUUUUAUGAUGAACAACUGUUCAUCCUUUACUUUGCUAGGUAUUGCAGUGGACCGUUACAUUAGUAUCUGCCGACCCCUAAAAACACAGAUGUCCACAAAAACAGCUAAAAUUAUUGUUUUCGUUGGUGCAUUUUUCGCUGUUGUUUUUGCUUGGCCUGGUUUAGUCGUCUAUGGAAUUCAAUCCAUACCGGUACCAAUAGCCCCUAAGACAUACGUAGUGGGUCAUAUGUGCUUGAUAGAGGAUUCUUUUGUGAAAACUGACUACCCAUUGGCGUUCGUGAUUGUUCUCCUGACAGGUAAUUUGCUGAUUGAUCUAAUUCUCAUCAUCGCCUACAGUCUAAUUGCCAUACAGGUAAUCAAGCGAGGAUCGUCAUUUUUAUGCCAGACCUCUCCAGAUUCAAGGAAGUACAGUCAGAGUGGUAGUCAAUCUCACACGGAGGAUGUCUUCCUGGAUGAAAACAGUUCCGGGAGAAGUCCCUCUAUACUGAAGAAAUUCGCCAAUAAAUAUGGCAACAGCCAAGAAACCUCGGACAGUGAGGCAGAAUUGAAAAGCUUGAAUUCCAACACUAAAAGAUCUCUUAAAAAGACAGACAGUAACAGUGGCAACAAAGCAGCUGAAAAACGAGCAAAAUUUCACAGACAGAGAUCCAUGUCUGUCCAAAGCGAGGAGGUCAGAAGGGCACGGAUGAUCAAGAUCACCCUCAUGUUGUUCUUGGUGACGCUACUCUUCAUGCUUUCCUUCAUACCUUUUUGCGUCAUCGUUAUAAUUAGAUAUGUACAGCCUUCUUACUACCCAUCUCUUUCAGACACAGGGAAAGCCUUCUAUCAGUUUAUUCUGAGGUCAUAUCUCCUCAGUAUGUCCCUCAACCCCGUCAUUUACAGCUUCAUGAGCGAAAAAUUCAGAGAAGAAUGUAUAAAGUGCUUCCGGAAAUUUGUUCGAGUCUUUAAGUCUUAAAAUGGAAAGAGACAUGUUGUUAAUAUAAUCGACUUUGCUGUUUUCAUGAAUAUUUUCCAAAAAAGUGUACAGAGCAUUGUAAAACUUAACAAAUGUAUGAAUUCUGAGAGGUGCUGAAAGCGUUUCCUUGAAAAGGCAUCUCUACACACAUGUAGUAUAUGUUGUAUAAAUUUCAAUCCAAUUUUCAUUAUCAAGCUAUGAUUGAAAACUCGUAUAUUUUAUCAGAGAGAGAGAGAGAGAGAGAGAGAGAGAGAGAGAGAGAGAGAGAGAGAGAGAGAGAGAGAGAGAGAGAGAGAUGAACAUGUACUGUAUUGAUCUAUUGGUCACUUUUUAAUGUAUAUAUAUUUGCCUGUCCAAAAAUGAUGAUGCAUAUUUCAGUUAUACCAUAUUCUGCACAGAUAUGUACGUCAUAUAAAAAUCUGAAAAUAUAAUUUUGUUCCUUGUUAA